AUGUCCAAUUCUGCUGAUGGCAAGCUCCUCUUGAUCGGACUCGGUCCGGGAGACACGGACCUGCAGACCCCGGCCGCCCUGAGAGCUCUUACAAACGGCGACGUUAUUGUGGGGUACAGGGGCUACAUCGACCAGGUUUCUGACCUUGCCGCCGGUAAAGAACUGGUGUCCAUGGACCUAGGCCAGGAAAUGGAACGGGCCGCACGCGCCGUUGACUUGGCCUACCAGGGCAGGUCGGUGGCGGUCGUUUCCUCCGGGGAUGCGGGCAUAUACGGCAUGGCAGGCCCGGUUUUCCGGGUACUGACCGACCGCGGAUGGGACGGCGAGUCCCCGGCAGUGGAAGUUGUUCCCGGCAUUUCCGCCCUGCAGUCCGCUGCAUCGUUGCUGGGUUCCCCCCUGAUGCAGGACUUCUGCGCCAUCAGCCUCAGCAACCUCCUCACUCCAUGGGAGGCCAUAAGCCGCCGGCUGGAAGCAGCCGCCUUUGGGGACUUCGUCGUCACGCUCUACAAUCCUCGGAGCCAGCGCCGCACAUGGCAACUCCCUGAGGCAAGGCGAAUCCUGCUGGAGCACCGUCCUGCGGAUACCCCGGUUGGUCUCGUCAAGGACGCAUAUAGGCCGACCCAGCAGGUAUCCGUCACCAAUCUCGGGGAGUUGGAGUCUUGCCUCGAACUCGUGGACAUGUUCACCACUGUCGUUAUCGGCAACUCCACGACUUACGUCCAUAAGGGCUUCAUCAUCACCCCGCGGGGAUAUGAGGCCAAGCAGGUCUCAAGUGCCAGCAAUCCGGACUGA